AUGGAGUUCCGCGACUGUUUUGCCUGGUCGUAUGAUGAGAUGCCGGGCCUUGACCCUGAUAUCGCCGAGCAUAAACUUCCAUUGAAAAGUGGGUUUCGGCCAUUUCGGCAACCUCCCCGACGGAUGUCCAGGGAAGUGGAUACUCUCAUCCAAGAUGAAAUUAAGCGGCUGGAAGAUGCCAAGUUUAUUCGGGAAGCCCAGUACACCGAAUGGCUCUCUAAUAUCGUACCGGUGAUGAAGAAAAACGGGAAGCUAAGAGUAUGUGUGGAUUUUCGAAACCUCAACUUGGCCACACCCAAAGACGAAUACCCGAUGCCGGUGGCCGAUAUGCUAAUAGACAGGGCAGCAGGACACACGAUACUCAGUUUCCUCGAUGCGCACUCUGGAUACAACCAAGUUCCAAUCAGCAAAGAGGACAUCUCCAAAACAGCUUUCCGAUGCCCCGGGCCGAUCGGAGCGUACGAAUGGGUAGUGAUGCCUUUCGGCUUGAAAAACGCGGGGGCAACAUAUCAGAGGGCGAUGAACAAAAUGUUUAGGGGCCUUGACUGCCUUGAAGUUUACAUCGACGAUGUCGUAAUCAAAUCAAAUACCGGCGAAAUCCAUCUGGCCGACCUCCAGAAAGGUUUCGAACGUAUACGACGUAAUGGGUUGAAGAUGAAUCCUCUUAAAUGCGCAUUCGACGUUUCGGCUGGAAACUUCUUGGGAAGAGAGACCGAUAAGUGGACAUGGACGGACGAGCAACAGAGGGUGUUCGAUGAUUUAAAAGGUUACUUGGAAAAACCUCCGGUUAUGACCCCUCCAAAGCCGAAUAAGCCAUUAUUACUAUACCUAUCGGCUGCACACGAAUCCCUAGGAUGUAUGCUCGCCCAAGAGGACGAUGGGGUCGAGAGAGCAGUCUACUAUUUGUGCCGAGGGCUGACGAACACAAAAAUUCGCUAUACCGACAUAGAAAAAAUGUGUCUAUGCCUAUACUUCACGUGCUGCAAGCUGCGAUACUAUAUGUUGCCGGUCGUAGUGUACGUUUUGUCCCAGACCGAUAUCAUUAAGUAUAUCUUAUCAAAACCAUACCUAAGGAAUCGGAUUGGAAAAUGGGCGAUUGCAAUGUCCGAAUUCACAUUGGUGUAUGUUCCCCAAAGAGCAGUAAAAGGACAAGUGUUGGCAGACUUCUUGGCCGAUCACCCUGGUAUUACCCUCAAGGAAGAAACAGUCACGUUCUUCGACAUCGCCGUAUGGGAGAUGUGGUUCGACGGGUCCUGGACAAGCCAGGGGGCAGGCGCGGGAGCAGAAUAUGAGGCCCUCAUAUUCGGUUUCAAGAUUUUAGCCGAGCUGGGGGCAAAGGCGAUCAGUGUAAAAGGGGAUUCUUUGCUAGUCAUUAAACAAGUGACAGGAGAAUUCAAAUGCGAGUCCGAACUACUGGUAAGAUAUUGCAACAAGGCGAAACACCUGUUCGAAGGCUUUCAGGAUGCGAGGAUAGAAUACACAGGGAGGGCCGAUAAUAACGUCGCGAAUGACCUCGCUCAGCACGGUAGAAGGUACAAGGUAAACCUCCAGUUCCAUGCGAUAGAGAGGGAGACGCCGAAUCUCCACACUGGAGGAAUCACCAUCGACGAAAAGCAAUUCUCCAUCUACCAGCUUGAUGUUACCCAAGAUUGGAGGGCCGAGCUCCUGAAAUGGUUCGAAAAGCCAGACCCCACGAAUAGAAGGUUGAGAACUUUAGCCCUAUAUUACAUGGUGUUAGCUGGCAAAUUAUAUAAGAAGGGCUUUGAAGGGCUACUCUUCAGAUGCAUCGGCCCAAAAGAAGCGAUGCUUGCAAUGGCCGAGGUACACGAAGGGAUAACAGGCGCUCACCAGGCGGGCCCCAGAAUGAGGUGGCUUAUCCAUAAAUACGGCUUUUAUUGGCCGAAAAUGGAACAGGACUGCAUAAGAUAUGCCAAAGGUUGCGAAGCUUGUCAGAAAUUCGGCCCUAUACAGCACGUCCCGGCCGAAGACCUGCACUCCAUCAUCAAGCCAUGGCCAUUCAGAGGAUGGGCGGUCGACCUGAUAGGAAAAAUAUACCCUGGCUCGUCAGAUGGCCAUACUUUCGUUAUCAUCGCCACUUGCUACUUCACUAAGUGGGUCGAGGCCAAACCCUUGAAAUCACCAACGCAAGAAGCUGUCAUCAAAUUAUUCAAAGAAUAUAUCGUCCACAGACAUGGAUUACCCGAAUCAAUAACCACUGACCAGGGGACGAUUUUCACAGGAGGCGAUAUUGUUUGGUGGGCUUCUCAGAUGAAGAUUAAAAUGUUACAUUCAACGCCAUACUACGCCCAAGCCAACGGACAGGCCGAAGCUACAAACAAAGCUAUCAAGCUUAUAGUUCAGAAGAUGAUUGAAGAAAACCCGAGACAAUGGCAUGUGCUCUUAUCAGAAGCAGUUUGGGCGAAUAGAACUAGCCAGAAAUCAGCCACCGGGACUUCGCCUUUCAGACUGGUGUAUGGUUAUGAUUCAAUGUUGCCAAUGGAGCUGACAGUCGCGUCUACUCGCCGCAGAUACUAG